AUGGAAAAAAGCAGUUAUGAAGAGUCAAUUGAAAAUGUGCAAAAUGUUUUGAUGCGUCUCGAAAACAAAACAUUCCUCAUUCAUUUCGUCCUCAACCUUUUAUCAAUCGUUAUCAACUUCUUCCAUCUUAUCGUUCUCACCCAAAAAACUAUGCGAACAUCUUCUAUAAAUAUCCUAAUGAGCGGAAUCGCAAUUUGUGAUAUUUUUACAAUGUUCACAUGGGUUUAUAAAUAUUUGAGUUUGGCAGAUUUGGAAUACCCCGAGUGCAUCACAGCAACUUCUUUGAUUAAAAUUUACACGGACGUCACUUCCUGGUCUUCUCAGUACCACUUCAGACGGACUACGUGUUGGCUGGUAAUUGUAAUGGCAAGUAUCCGUUAUGUAAUUAUGAGCAGAAUCUCUGACGUGAGACAUUGUAAAUGGGCGGAUCCAAAAAUGGGAUAUAUUCUAAUAGUAAUCGUAUUUGGAGCUAGUGGAGUUCUAACGGUGAUAUGGCAAUGGGAAUGUCAGGUUGUCGAAAAUCGUAACUAUUCGCUUGUGGCAAACUGUGCCGAGCAUCAAGACAUAAACGGUAACUACAAGUUUUCUGUAACUUUGAGACCAUUUGCAAAUCUUGGGCAUUAUGUGAUAGUAAGGACAUAUUUUAUAUUGGAUGCUACACUGUCAAAUUUCAUCCCAUGCAUCGCAUUUCCAACUCUGACUUUUCUUCUUUUUCGUCAAAUUCAAAAAAUUAAUGAGACUCGAGAAACCAUUCGAAGAAAUAGUACAACAACUGAAGACAAUGAAGAAAAGUAUGUGCUCAGUGUAAAAUUGAUCGUUUUCAUAACAAUCAAUUUUUUCAUUGCCGAAGCUCCGAUCGGAACAAUUGCAAUUCUGAAAACUUUUCUGGAAAGAACUGAUAAGUUAUUUCGAUUUUCCUCGGACCUCAAUGUUUAUUUUGUUAUUGUGGCAACGUUGAAUUCAAUAUUACACCCGAUAUCUUGUAUUUUUAUGUCUAGCCAGUAUCGGGAGACAUUGAAAUCAGUUCUUGGAGGAAAAAGAAAAAGUAUAAUUUCUGUGCAACCCAGAUUGAGCAGUUUUGUGUCUACUCCGGCAAUCCACAUUGCUCAUCAUCUACACCGGGCAAACUUCAUAUGCAGUUUCAUUUCUGUAAUCAUCAAUAUUUUUCAUUUUAUAAUUCUAUCAAGAAAAUCAAUGAGAACCAGCUCCACCAAUGUGAAAAUGAUUGGAAUUGCAAUUUCCGAUAUUUCCACAAUGCUCAGCACAAUUUAUAAACAUUAUUUUCUAGUGGAUGUUGAGAGCCCAGAGUGGUACGGUAACUGGUCAAAACCAAAAACUGGAUGUUUUUUCACAUUAUUGGUUUUUUGUGUCAGCGCAAUGUUAUCAAUAUUUUUUGUCUCUAGAAAUCAGAUUGUGGAAAAUAGAGCCUUCCCAUUGCCCUUAAACUGUGCCGAAUACCAGGACAUCAACUCAAGACCUCUAUUUUCUGUAAUUUUAACUCCAUUAUUUUCAUCUUCAAAUUUCCUUGUUCUACGUAUUUUUACCAUGUUCGAUGCCAUUGUGACCAAGUUCAUCCCUUGCAUUGCAUUUCCUUGUCUUACUGUAUUUCUGAUUCGAGAAUUACGAAAAUUCCAUAAUCGAGUUGUUAUGAAUGGAAGAAAACAAAGUGCCGUUAUUGGGGAGAAAAAUGAUAUUACAACGAAAUUGAUUGUUUUCAUGACGUUUGCAUUUUUUAUCGCUGAAGCUCCAUUGGGAACUAUUUAUUUAGUAAAAGUGUUUUCCGAUAGAGAUGAUGAGAUUUUCUUAUUUUCCGUUGACAUUAUUAUCUAUUUUGUAACAUUGAACACAUUAAACUCAAUUUCACAUUCAAUUUUUUGUAUAAUUAUGUCCAGUCAGUAUCGAAACACAGUUCGCGAAAUUAUGGGAAUUCAAAGGAGUGCGAAAUUAUCAACUGCAAGAAAUAAAACCAGUGUAGCUUCUAAACUUAUCUGGAAAACGUUUCCUCAUUUCUGUCUUCUUAUGACUUUUAUCCCUAUCACUCAUAUGGCAUUCUUGAUUGUCAAUACUUUUCGAAAUCUUCUUUUUACUAGUAAACUGGGUGUAGACGAAAUUCUAUGGAGGCUUUUACCAGUUAUUAUAACCUGUUAUCCGAUUUUAUUUUUUCCACCCGUCCCAUUUUGCAUAACAAUGCAACUAGACAUGCUAAAAUACCUACCGGUUCUCAUAACAACUUUGUAUUAUUCGAGGCGCUUAUACUUUUUCAAAUCCGCCAAACGGCCCAUCAAAGUUUAUACCACGGAAUACAUCAGAAUGAUUUAUAUUGCAUUGUUUCUUUUGGUUUUUUGUGUUUUAACACUUCCACAAAUCCUUAUAUCUUUUCUCACUCACCAUACAAAUUUUUAUUCAUAUCCCACUCGUUUGUUGGGAUUCCAAGAAUCGUGCAUUUUGAGUUAUAUGUUCAUUUACGCAGUUCCUCUGGCAAAAUCCCAACGAGUCAUAAAAUGGUUUAAUAGGAUAAAUAUUCAUCCAAAUGGUUUUUGA